AUGUGUGACCAGCAGAAGCAGCCCCAGUUCCUGCCAUGUUGUGUGACAGGCUCAGCUUCAGGGCCCAUCCAAACUACCCAAGGCCCUGCUCCAUCCCAGGCACAGGUUUCCUAUGGGAGUGGACCAGAGCCAUACCAGUCUAAGACUUCCUUUGUAAAAGGUGCCUCUUCUUUCUUCCAGAAAGGUCAAUCUAAGAGUUCUUGUGUGAAAUGUCCACCUCCAUGCCAGACUACCUAUGUCAAAUGCCCAGCUCCAUGCCAAACAACCUAUGUGAAAUGUGCACCUCCAUGCCAGACAACCUAUGUGAAAUGCCCAGUUCCAUGCCAGACUACCUAUGUCAAAUGCCCAGCUCCGUGCCAGACUACCUAUGUGAAAUGUCCAGUUCCAUGCCAAACUACCUUUGUGAAGUGCCCACCUCCAUGUCAGACUACCUAUGUGAAAUGCGCGCCUCCAUGUCAGACUACCUCUGUGAAAUGCCCACCUCCAUGCCAAACGCCUUGUGUCAAAUGCCCAGCACCUUGCCAGACCCAGACUUACUACGUGCAGGCUCCCUCUGUCCAGUACUUGGCACCACAGGGCAUGGUGCCAUCUUCCUACUAUGUUUCCAGUUCCUGUGGCACCACUUCCUGCCCCACUGCUCCGAUAAGCUUUGGGGUGAGACCUUUGAGGCGCUGGAUUCGUGGGCCCCAGUGCCGUGAAGACAUAGGCUGUUGCGAGAAUUCUGGCUGUGGUGAGAAUUCUGGCUGCUGCAGCUCUGGCUGCUGUAGUUCUGGCUGUUGCGAAGGGGGGUGCUGCUGCUUGGGAAUCAUCCCCAUGAGAGCCCGUGGUCCUGCCUGCUGUGCCAAUAAUGAUGAAGAUGACUGCUGCUGUUAG